AUGGAGAAUGAUUCAAUAUCGGUAGCCCAGGACCAGGAGGUCCGCAUGGCUUUAGUCCAUGGACCCAAUCACGAGAGGCUAUUAGGGCGGUCCCUGACGGGCAGCCAAGGUCGAACGGAAAACGCCCUGCAGGGUCAGCGGCCCCCAGAGAAGAAGCCCAAGAUUGGAUGGAUGGAUCUCCCGAACAAAGACCAGCUCUUUCUCCUCGCUCUUUGCCGGCUUAGCGAGCCAUUAUCUAACGUGUGCCUCCUUCCUUACAUAUUCUAUCUUUUUGCCGUCAGUCUCGCCUGGGGAUAUAUAUCAGACCGGUACGGCCGACGGCAGUCCAUCAUUUUUGGCCUGCUCGUCUCCGUCAUCUCAAACGCGGCGUUCGGCCUUUCUCGCAGUCUUGGUGCGCUCUUCUUCUGGAGAACGCUAGCCGGCUUGGCUAAUGGAAACGUGAGUAUUAUGCGCACGAUGACGGCUGAAGUGGUCGAGGAGCGAAAGUUCCAAACUAAGGCGUUCCUCCUGCUGCCUCUUGUCUUCAAUUCUGGCAUGGUGCUCAGCCUAGCGCUUGGCGGGCUUCUCGCUGACCCUGUCGAGAACCUACCGUGGGCCUUUGGCCCCAACGGAUUUUUGAACCUGGGGAAGAACCGUGGUGGCGUCGCGUGGGCACUCGCUUACCCUUAUGCGCUGCCGGGCUUGAUGAAUGCCGCAAUGCUGGGAACUGCGUUGCUUGUUUCCUGGCUGUGGCUCAAGGAGACUCUUCCGGGCGCGGAACACAAGUCAGAUAUUGGUCUCCGAAUUGGCGCGUUUAUUGUCCGCCUUUUUCGAAACCUCGUGGAUGCACGCAACCACGCUGAAUACAUGCCUGUCUAUGACGACGAGUCUUUCAAUACCACCUCUCCCUCUUCGCCCACCUCUCCGGUUACCUCUGCAGAGGCGAGUAGUCAAGAGAAUCUCGCCGCACCAGUCCUCCGCGAGAAAUCAACACCGCAGCGGGAUAUCCCUUUCCGCAAAAUAUGGACAGGCAAGGUCCUCUCCGCGAUGAUAGCCUUCGGUCUUCUCCCGCUCCAUAACUCCGCUUUCAUGCACAUUUUCCCAGUAUACCUCUCUACACCACACGCCGAUAAUGCUUCACCGUCUAUCUUCCUGUUUAGCGGUGGCCUUGGCCUGCGAUCUUCUACCAUCGGGUUCUGGCUAUCUGCAUUCGGUAUUGGGGGUAUUCUAUUACAGCUAUUCAUCUAUCCCCGCCUCCAGGAGCGUAUCGGCACGCUUGGGAUACUCAAGCUGAGCCUCGUCAUCUUCCCUACGGUCUACGCCUUUGCGCCGUACCUCUCGCUCAUAAACCAGGAGAGCUUUUUCAGGUGGCUAGGCCUCGGUAUUAUCAUCUGUGGCCAGAUCAUGGCUCGCACGAUGGCCAUUCCUAGUACAGUGAUCCUCCUUACUGAGGCAUCUCCGAGCCGCUCCGUCCUCGGUACUGUGCAUGGGGCCGGAAAUAUGGUAUCUAGUCUUGCAAGGGCCGUAGGGCCAGCCGUAGGAGGUGUUGUUUUCGGUUGGGGCUUAAAGAACGAUAUGGUAGGUGCGGUAUGGUGGCUGUACCUAGUUUUUGUUGCCCUUGGCGCCUUGGCUUGGACCAUGACUUUCCAAAGGCGAGGAGAGGAGGACGAUGAUUGA